AUGCAUCAAUGCGCCGCUUGUCAUUCAACGAUUGACGAUUACGAUUUCUUAGAAUUCUGCACCUGUUUACAUUUUUAUCAUGGCCAGUGCGUUGGUGUUUCGCCCACUGAAUUCGAGAGACUCUCUUCUGACACCAAGAUGAGUUGGAUACGCCCUGAGUGUCGCAGCAAAAAACCGCGCAGUGAUAAUUCAAAUACGCCGGUCCGUGCGUCAACACCUACUAGUAGUGCCCACGCCGACGCCAAUGUGACAUCACGCCGUGGAAAGCAGGGAACGUCCAAACAAGCGGCCAUAGUCGCUUCCGUAGCCGCGCAAAGCGGAUGCUCCGGCUCAUGUGUGUCGCGCGUGGAGCUGCGUAUCAUUAUGCAGGAGGAACUUCGAGGUUUCAUUAAGGAAUGUAUUAGGGAAAUAAAGGUGACUUAA